CCGUCUGCCUUCGGUCUCAGGCCAGAGAGGAGGCUGGGGGCGGUGGCGGGCGAUGGCCGCCAAGUUUCUGCUCGUCUGAGGGAGAAAAGUUGGCAAAGUUGACUGGGGAAGAGGUGGGGACCCAGCGGACCUCCCCGGGCUCUGGGUCUGCGGGGAGAAGCGAAUGCCGCUUUGGGAGCUGGAGGAAUCAUCUUCCGAGACUUGGGAGUGGAUCCCGCGGGAAGAUCCGGCACAGGGCAGCCAAUAGAUCCCUCGCCGCCCAGAGGAACAUUUGGGAGUCGAUCUCGGGAGUGGGUCGGGCUCUAGUGGCCUCCGGUCCCACUCGAUCCCCAACCUGGGGGUGACGGUGGACGGUGAUUGGAGACUGGGAGCUGGUUGACCCCUCUGCCCCCACGCUGGUCCGAGCUUUGGGAGCAGAUUCCAAGGGGAGAUCUGGUGGCCUGAGCUGGGGGAUCGCUGGAGAUCCUGUGUAUCCAGACUGGAGCUGCUAGGAUCUGUACAUCCGUGCGGGUGGAGGGCCUCCCCGGAGGGCAAGCCUUUCUACCCAGGGAGGACGGAGUGCCUUUACUAACUGCCCAGCACUCUUGGACCUGAAGCUGCCUCAGUCCAGCCAGGAGGAGUCAAGGAAGCUCUGUGUUUAAGGAAUAGUCACACCGCCCCGCUGUGGGAGCCCUCCGCUUCAGGGAGCCUGCGGCUAUGCCUGUUCGCUGGAGGCCACCCAAGCUGGGUGUGGGGUUAGAGGUCACUCACUCCUUCAUUUGUUCAUUUGAUAAAAAUUUAUGCUAUGUCAGUCAUGCACCCAGGCCAUGGGCAAGAUGGCUAUUCUGCUGGAUGUCAGGUGGUUGAUUCUCCAUUUGGGAUGUUCCUGAUCCCCGUGGAUCCACAACCGUAACCAUGGUGACGCGGGUCAAAGUUGGCUCCAUAACUUCCUUGGCUAGAGUGCCCGGCCUGGGUGAAAUCGCCAAAGAGGAGACCCUGCAGUGGACCUACUUCUGCCAGGCCAGUGCCGCCCCCUCUGUAGCACUGCUCCUGGAACAGAAGAGCCCCCUCAGGAGCAGCCCAGCCUGCCUCCUCCCUUGGCCAUGGCUCGCCCCCAAACCCUUCUCCACAGGCAAGGCCCAGGACCAGAAACCCCCCACCACGUCCCUGCGGCCCAGCCCGUCCAGGCUGUCUUCUCCUCAUGGCCUCUCCCAGGAAGCAGAGGCCAAGCAUCUGGGUGAGAGGAUGCCCAGCCUGGUGGGGCAGGAGGCGGGGAGCGGGGAGGGCCUGAGGAGAAGCUCAUCUCUGUUCAGCAAGGCUGCGAUUCUGCGGCCAGGCCCCAAGGCCGUGACUCUCUUGGAAACUGCCAAAGCCAGCCCCAUUCUGGGGAAUGGGAGCGGUGAGGGGGCUCAGGAGGCUGGCACAGGGGAGUCUCAGGAGUCCCCUCUGGGCUCCUGGCCUGAGGUGGCCCCCAAGCCAGCCCUGCCCCCCAGAAAGCCUGGGGGGGACCCUUCUCCAACCAGCGUCCCUGUCAAAGGACACAAGGCCAGCUGCCACUCCAGAAGAGACAGGCCCAAGUGAGCCUCUGUCAGAAGCCAGCAGCAUGGAGGGCUCCAGGGGCCCCACUCUGGAGCCUAGGCCUCACCUGAAGAGAAGGCCUGUGCUGGAUGUUUUCAUUGAAUCCAUUCAGGCUCAGAAGCCAGGCCCCGGCGGAGCGGCCGCUGUGGGGAAAGUGCCCCCAACCCCUCCAGAGAAGACGUGGGUGAGGAGGCCCAGGCCUCUGUCCAUGGACCUCACAGCCCCGUUCGAGGGCAGAGAUGCUGCGCUGAGGAAGGUGGCCGACAAGGCUGCAGGUUUCACCGCCCAGUGGUGGGUCCCAGGGAGGUCUGACCUGGAACCCAAAGCCAGUAUGGAAUGUUUGGUCAAAGCAGGGGCUCCCCUUCAUGACCCAGAUCCAGACUUUCUGGAGGUGGCCAAGAAGAUCUGAGAGUGGAAAAUGCUUGUUAAGCAGAUGCAGACGGGCAGCCUCAGGACUGCCGGGGGCUCAGCCACGGACAGUCCCAUGGAAGACCAGAAUCCUGGGAACGAGAAAGCCAACCUGGAUGGGGACCCCGAGAAGGUGCCCAAGUCCCCUUCUCCCAGGCCUGGAAAUGACCAAGAAUUUGCUGAGGUCACGAGCAGAGCGGCUGAUGGAGAAAUCCGGCUGGAGGGAGGAUGGACCCCCAGGGGCAGCAUUAAGCAGCACCUCAGCGUGUUUGGGGAGGAGAGCACCGUGGCAGCGGGGUCUGAAUCCCCACUGGCUGCCUCCGAGUCUCCGUCAGCUGCGCCAGGGCCAGAGAAAGCAGGUGUGAGCGUCCAGGAGCAGAUCAAAGGCUGGGCUGCUGAGAGCUCUGAGGCAAAGCUGGGCACCAGGAGGAAGGCAUUCCAGGCACGGCCAUUGUCAGCGGAUUUGACCAAACUGUUUUCAAGUUCAGCUUCAAACGAUGAAGUCAGGUAUGAGAAGUGUCCUGAGCUGAGUGGUGACCUUCGUAAGGAAUCCAGAGCAAAGUUGGCCCUGAGGACGUGGUGGAGCCCUGUGAAAGCAAGGCGGAGCAGGAGGUCCGGUCAGGAGCCACGGUAAGGCUGCCUUCCUCCAAGACAGAAACAGUGAUUGCUUUCUCGGCUUCCUUUUCAAUCAAGUUUAGAUAGGAAAGCUGAUCACAUACAGACAGAAGAUAUCAGGUAGAGCUUAUUUGGGAGAGAGGGAUGGAGAAGAAUCUUAGCCACUGAUACUUGAUUUAAAAGGGCAUCCAGUUUUCCUCAGCAAUUUUUCCUUUUUUUAUUAAGGAUUUUGUAAUUGCCACACAAACCAGACUGGAGAGCUACACUCUCCAGGGAAAGCUUUUGUCUUUUCCGUAUGUGCCCUGGAUGCUUGUUUGAGGGGCCUUUGCCUCCACCAUGGCAUCUCAUCUGGUUUUCUACAGUCACCAAGAGAACAAAAUUCCUGUGCAAACAGGACACAAAGUGGUCUGAUUCUCACAGUGUUUUCUCCUCUGUCAUUGCAGGUGGCAUCAGGAGCAGGAGAAAACCGUAAGUCUCCCAGAAUUCCUCACUCGCUAAGGAAAUAAUCUAGAUAAGUAACGCGGGGCUUGCUUGCUGACUUUAGUCUCUGGAGCCACCCUCCUUCCAGGUACCUGGUGGGGAUGGGGGUUGGGGGUAUAGUAAGAAAUGAGUUUUCCAGGUAAGGAAUUAUGGCCAGUUCCACAAUCCCUGGGUGCAGCUGCCUUCCUUUUAUCUAAGCCUUACCCUGGGCUGCUCAGACUGGGCUCAGAGCAGGAGUGGGACAUGGAGGGCCACAGACGUGAUUCAUGAAACCACUGAAGCACCAGCCCAAAUGGCCGCUUACCGGUUAAUUCACUCUAGCUGUUCAUGCAGGGCUGGUCAGCUGAAGGGAAGCUAAUUCCUGGCAGACCCUUCAUGGGGUCAGAAAGGGACAGAGCUGGGUAAGCAGACAAAGGCCUGAAGUAGCUUGACUAGCCAGAGAGGGGGGCAACUGGCAGAGGGGUCCAAGACUGACAAGCAAGAUGUGGUGGAAACUGACUGGAACUAGAUCUAGCCAGGAUGACAUCUGGUUUGAUGGGGAACAGAUCUCUGACUUCAUUAAAAUCUCAUUUACAUAGAAAACAUCAUGCCCAUCCGUGCCAUGACAGUUUCUAAUUGUCAUGACAACCCCUGGAAGAGCCUUAAUAAGGAAAACACCCCCUCUUUCUGAGGCUCUCCCCAGAGAAGUCACAACUGUUCCACCCUGUCCUUCAGCUGCUUGUUGUACUUCCAGUAACAGAGCUGACAGACCACCCAGGAGGGGCUCCUCUGCCUGGGGAGCACCCUCUCUGCUUUACUGCAUGCCCUGCAACCCCUCUUAAUAAAUCUGCCUUCUGCUGCACCAUUUGAUUUCCAUCCUGCACAUGGCCCAGCACUCACCUCCUGCAACCUCCUGUAAUGGUCACAUGGCACUUUGGAAUGUCCCAGGUUCUGAGUCAGCUUGGGAGCCAAACAGACCACUGGUCCCUCAGGAUGGUCACCUGGCCAUCGGGUGGCUCAGUGUGAGACAGCUGACAGUGUGCAGAGGCCUGGGCAGGUGCCCACAGGGACGUCCCCUGCCCCUUCAGAGGCUCUCCCUUUAAGGGAAACUGCUUUUGUUAGGAUCGGAGAUUGAAACAGAGAGAAAAGGCCUGGGUUAGGAUCUGGGCUCUUCUCUUGGCCCAGUCACCUCCUCCAGGGCUUCCACUGUCUCCUGCAGAAGC